GUUCAUAAUUAAGUUAAAGUGUAAUUUUACGAUGUUAUACAAAUUAUUGUUAAUAUUUUGUUUGACUGCGGUCGGGCAAGCAAUUGGUUAUAGACAAGCUGCAAGAUUAUGUGUUCUUCGUUCUAUUGAAUUUAGUAAGUGCAAUGAUAUGCGACAAGCACUUAUCGAUAACCACCUCUAUAAUCGUUUAGAAUGUACAUUAGGCACCAUUGAUGAAUGUAUUCGAAAAAUUAAUUAUAAUGAAGCUGAUGUAAUGGUAUUAGAUACAAAAAUGCAACAUUUAGCAUUUGAUAAAGGUCUCCGUUCAAUUCUUUGGGAAUUAUAUAGUAAUGAUGAUGUUAUUGUUGCAUUAGGAAAUGAAAAUUUAACUUUAGCUGAUCUUAAAAAAUAUCCAUUAAAUUUCGAUGAACGUGAUUUACGAUUAGCACAUUCAGCACUUUUCUUUAAUAAAAUUCGUUUUGGAAAAAAUACAUGUGAAAUUCAACGUAGUCUUGAUCAAAGAAAUUCAAUAAUUUUUAUUAGACAAAAGGAUUUAAAAUAUGGUAAUGUGAUUGGUAAAAAAUUAAUUUGUAGAGAUUUAACGUUGCGUGAUGUUAGUGAUUAUUAUGUAUGUAAUUUUGAAACGGGACCAAUUAAUGCAAUUCUUAGUCGUGUUGGAGAUUUUGCAAGACGUGGUGAAUUAAUAAGUAUUUUUAAUGAAUUACUUCGUUAUUUUGGACCAAAUGGAUGUUUAAGAAAUUAUGUUCAGUUAGCUGGUUUGUAUCAAGGAGAACACGAUGUUAUUUUCAAUGAAGACAUACAACUCUUUAGUGCUAUAAGAACUGAAAUUAAUGGUGUUACUGAUUCUGAUAUGAAUGCAAUGCUUUGUGAUGGCAACAUUAUUGAAAAUUAAUAUGAAAAGAUGACUGGAAGAGGAACCGAAGGUGGACGUGAAUCAAUUAGUGAUUCAAUUUUUCUAAUUAUAAAAAAGAACUCACACUUAUUGAUUUCUAUUAUUCUAAAAGAUACGCAAAUACAUAUUUGU